CGACACGAACAAUCAAAAUCAGUCAUUGGGGGCUGAAAAAAUCCCGUUGUGCCGACGCGCCGGUUCCUCAACGCCCUCAUCCUCGUAAACACCCUGCUUCCAUGUGGCAUGCCGUCCAAGCACAAAUGUCCGUGCAUGAACCAUGGAUCCCGUCCCUUAUCAACAAUAAGAUUGCCGACGGCUCUCUGAGACUAGAUUGCAAUUCUUCAGUUUGUGGUAGCUGACUGCCUUCGCGUCAAGAAUCCAGCCCCCAUGAUAACGGCGCGCUCUCCCAAGCGUUUGUGAGGGGGAAAGCGAAAAGGACGCCAACACGGGGAAAUAUGGCGCGUAUCAAGCACGAGAUGCAGCCAUUUAUGCACGAGAUAUGCACCUCAGGUCCAGCCUCCUGCUACACCGUCUCCUCCGGCCUAUAGUCACGUCGCUGUCCUGUUUCGCGCAUCCACGACCGUGCCAUAAUCGCGAUAUAGCUCCCACAAUCCAUCUGCACACAACGCUUUCCUGUCCUCCAAAUCCACAAUGGACUGGAAUGGUUCUCCUCCAGCGAAUUCCCCGAACUAUAUCUCUUCCAUCCUCCACCCGUUGCGAUUCCAGAAGGUAAGUUCUUGUCAGUUUUCGCAGCUUUCUCUGCCUGGGUCGCCUUGUCAUCGAGAUCUUACAACUACGAUUGUGCUGUUGUCAAUUGAGCUCGACGCAAUCUUUCCAGCCCUGGCGAUGAAGUAGCUGCGAUCUCCCUCUGUAUUCUUAUUGAUUCCGUCUUCUCCACUCUUGUCGUUUCAAUCGGCUUUUCUGGGCCUGAAGACCAUUAUCCCUACCACCUAUGCUGGUUUUGUCGGUGACCAGCAAAGAACGCAUGAGACGCUGCCUAGAUAUGGUCCACAUUAGAAGAUGUCUUCAACCGCAUUCGCCGCAUUCUGGCGGACCGACCUCGUUCGCGAAUGUUUCUUGUCUCAUGUCCAGAAGGAUGAUUUGCAAUCCCUACGACUCGUGAGCAAAGCCCUCGCCAACGACGUUGCUCCCACCAUCUUCAAGAAUGUCGAAAUCCAUUUCAGCACAAACGCAUUGUCGCGCAGGUCGCGGAUGUCUGCAUUGAGUAGGAUUGGCUGCCAUGUGCGACGCCUGUCCUUCGUCAUGCCACACCACUCCGACACCUUCCUACCCCCGUUGCUCAUCCCAGGGACGCUGGAAGAAGUCACUUUCAUGUACGAACCCCGGAUCAAUAACUCAAGACCGCAUUCUUCUUCCAGUUGUUCCUCAUCCUCGUCGGCUUCUAAAUACGGCUCCUGGGAGAUGAACGACCUCCUGGUCAAGCAAUAUCCUCCUUUAUUCCAUGCCGCCACCAACGUGGACUCAUUCUGUCAUGCAAUUAGCUCAAUGCCAAGGUUACAGCAUCUUCAUAUCUCUUGCCCUGGUCAACCCGCAGGUCAGAGAUAUCGAAAAGAUAUUGUCGACUACGCUCUGAUAUCGCUGAGAUUGGCGGUGGAGGCUGCCAAACCAAGUCAGCUAGAGUCAUUAACGCUGGCGCCGAUACAUCCUUCAGCUGUAUUCUACCUUCGUCCUCAUCUGAGCAUUGGGUCAUCUCCAGCAUCCUCCAGGGUCUGGAAGGGCAUCAAAUCUCUGGACAUUGAAAUGGACGGCUUUGAAUAUGGCCGCAACCAUCCGUCAGACCACCUCAAGAUUCUGCACGGCUACUUGCAGACGUUUCAGGCUCUGGAACAUUUCAAAUUCCAGUGGCUGGGCAACAAAGGGCCCUGUCCCCUGGCUCUUCACAUUGAGCCUUGCACCUCACGCCCGACGUCUUUAGACUGUUCGAAAGCGUGCCCGGAUGCCAGCUCGAGGUCGUCUUGCAGACCUCUCAAGUUCAGGCAUCUGAGAUCUAUGCGCCUCAGCAACGCAAGCUUGGAUGCCAUCCAAGCCUCUGGGUUUAUCAUGAGCCAUCGAAAAGUCCUGCACGAAUUUCAAUUCGACCGAUGUCAUCUGAGAUCUGGAACCUGGGACGACGCCUUGACUCCGUUGACUCGCAUUGUCGGAAACGACAGCUGGAAGCAGAAGCAAGAGGAGGUCAUGGAUGUGCCAAUCAUGCUGAGCCCAGUCAAUGAGAAGACCGAGAUGGAAUGCGUCCAAGACCACUUGUGGGACGACGUGUUGCGCAAGAGCAAGGGCCUUCAGACUCUCCGAAAAGUUAGUCUGAAGACCAAAGAGUUUCUUCCGGAACAAGUGAGGCGUCUGUUAAGGAAUGCUAGGGUGGCAUGGCAUUGAAAGGGCAAGACAUAUCCCGUUUGCUGAUGUGUUGGGUCAAUUUGCGACGUUAUGUCCACAACGAACCAUUUCAAAAUGCGUUGGUUUACCGCCAGCUCUUUUCCCACUAGCUCUGGCUACUGCUCCCAGAGUGGACUACGGUGCAUUCUCCUAAGAUAGCAGAAUUGAUAUACCGUUCCUCCAAGAGAAGACAAGCAUCAA